ACCUUCAGAUCGCGGCUGUCGCACAACAUUGUUGAAAUAUUUCAAUUAUUUUUUUAUUUCUGUUUAGGCGUGUAUAGUCUACUUUCUCAGUCUACUUUUUCAUAAUCUUCUUGUAAUGGUUCUGUGGUGUUCAGCACGGCAUGCUAGUGGACGUGCUGCUGUAAGCUUAUUAUUAAAGCAAACCUUUGACAGUAGUAGUACCAGUACUCGGCCGGCAUCUAAGAAACUUUAUUUUUUGCUGACUCAUAAGUCAUACUAUUCCUCCUCCACCGAACCUGUUAAAACUCUUUUGUCUCUAAAUGAAUUAAAUUCACUCUUAGAAUCCGAUAAGAAGAUACGACUACUAGAAUGCGGCCCAAAUUUGAGCAUCAAAGAGCUGUAUGAUAAAGCACACAUAGGCGGUUCAUCAUACUUUAGUGUCGGCACAUGUGCCGAUCUGAAAAAUAAAUCUCUCAAAUACAUGCUUCCCGAUCCGGCGUUGUUUAGUGACUACGUUGAGCAGCUUGGCGUGAGCAACGAUAGUCAUGUUGUUGUAUGUGAAAGAAAUGACACAGGCUUCUUUUUUGCGCCAAGAGUGUGGUGGAUGUUCCGCGUCUUCGGUCAUGACCAAGUAUCCAUUUUAAGUGGCGGCUUAGGAAAGUGGUUGGAAGCAGGAAACACACUAACUCAUGCCACUACCCAUGUGCAGCGUGGCAAUUUCAAAGCAGCGUAUCGGCCGGAACUUGUGCGCUCAUACGAAGACAUUGAAAAGCUGGUGACCGAUGGAAGUUUGUCAAAAGGUGUACAGCUGGUGGAUGCUAAAAGUCAGGGCAGAUUUGAAGGAUGGGAGCAAGUUCCUGGUGAGGAUGCUGGGGCUGGACAUGUGCCAGGAUCUAUAAACUUGCACUAUGUUGCUUUGAUGGACCCAUUUACCAAGACAAUGCGCUCAAAGAAUGAGUUAGAGCAGAUGCUAAAGUUUAAAGGUGUAGAACUGGAUAAACCAAUAGUAGCUACAUGCAGACAGGGUGUCACAGCCUGCUUUAUAUCACUAGCAGCAUUCUUACUGGGCAAAAAGGAUGUGCCAGUCUAUGAUGGGUCGUGGAAUGAGUGGUUUCCACGUGCUAAAAAGGAGCACAUAAAUAUACCAUGGUCCGACGUGGAAAAAUCUGACUAGAAAAUGACUUUCCUGGAUGUAGACAUCAGCAGAACAAAUCAAUAGAGCAAGAAUAUUUUGAUGUGAAAAUGCAAACAUAUAAUUAUUUUAUGGCUUUUCAGCUCUCAAAAGUGGAUCAAAUAUAGGCCCCUAUCAAUCGGUAUUUAUAUUCUUCUGAAAAGAUCAAAACCACAGGCUAUAGCUACUUUUUGCAUAUCAGUACAGUCAAGAAUGCAUGGUAUGGUUCUUAAAAUUGUAAUGACAAGAUUUGUAGAUCUACAAUUCUGUAACCCUUCUGGCUCUUGAUUAGACCAAUCAAACUGAAUCAUGUCAUUGCAAGCACUAUAUAUAGUAUCUUACACAAAAGAAUUAUGCUCAAGAAUAUAAAUACAAAUUCACAUAUGCUAGGGUCAAGAGUACAUAAUCGCUAUUAUGUAAUCUUGCUAGGGUGUAACGAUUCGGUGAUACAUUGGUGAAUCGGAAUACAGCAGCCUACGAUAUGAUAAUCAAUAUGCAGCAUCAGUAUCGCGAUACAAACAAUAAAGAUGUUAAACGGUGAAUACGCCUAAAGACAAGCUAAACUAUUUUAAUCAAGCACAUGUGAUACCUUUUAACUUGAAUUUUUUCUUCUAUUAAUUAAUGAACUCCCCCUCACUGGCCCUCAGUAUCACGUAAAUGUCCUUUGCUGUCGUAGAAACCUGGCUCAAUUAAUAUAUGUGGUGCGCUUGUAUUGCUGCCAAAGUUGCCGCUGUGAAGUGUUGUAUAAUAAUAAUAUAACAUUAACAGUUACAGUUGUGAACUAGCUUGUGAUGAGUAACUGUUGGGCACUGUAGCAGAUUUUCUCGACAACAUCAAAUUAUUUAUCAGAACAAUAAACAUAGAAUUCUGAAACUACUCUGGUAAAAUAAGGCCGAAUUAAUGAUAAUCUGUGUACAUAUAUGCAUUUGUCUGGUAAGCAUCCUGUGGGGGCUGCCAUUUUGGUGGAAUAGAGCACCGUGAUUGGUUAAAGCUUCUAUUUUCGCAUUGAGCCACGCAGAAGAUUUUAAAAUUCCACAUUUCAAACGCCCAUUACAAACUAAUGUGCGAGAUUUUUUGGUGAUCCCUGAUGUUUUAUUAUCAGGAUAUAAUCAGAAGUAGAUAAUAGGGAACCCUAGGGUUCCCUAUUAGUAUUAUCAAGAGUAGAUUGGUAUUAUCUACUUCUGAUAUAAUGUAUUUAACUUAUAGUUAUACCCAGAUUUAAACUUGGUUCAAUGAAGUGUCAAACUGACAAACGAAAGUGAACAAUAAAUCAUUGUUGGCCCAUAGCCGAACAUGGCAAAGGAC